GCUGUGAGUCUGCCAAGCUUAUCAUCGCACAACUCUUCUUUUCUGACAUAUUUACACCAAGUACUCGAGUAGUCGCGGCCUCAGCAAUCGCAGCCCACCCGUGCCUCGCCAUCGCUGCCUGUUGGCCCUGACACGCUUAUCGCAACACACAAUUAUUCCCAAUUAUCGCCACCGUAAAAACCCUAGAAUUAAAUACCCGAAUUAACUGGUUUCUAUUCACCCAUUAGAAUGACUUCAUUCCUAUUUACCUAAGCCAAGAAUAAUUAUUCAGAUCUCCAAGCCUUUGCUCGUCCUAUCAAACUAGCCCAGUAGGGAACCAGGCCGGCGGAGGUCACUACUACUUAGAGUACAUCUAACCCCCCCUCGCCAAACUUAUUUUCUUCGUUUUCCUUCCCCUCCUUCGCCUUAUCGAUUGCAAAUCAAAGAAAAAGGUUCAGCCUGACCCCGCAACCACAUUUCUACAACCUCUUCAAACCCACAUACAACACACAAAUAAACAAUACACAUUCUUGAUAUACGUCAAGAUGGCGACCAUGGCUGCAAGCCGUCCUUCAGCUCCGGGCUUGGGUGCAUCAGAGCCUCCCUCUUCUCACCCAUACACCUGUAACACAUGUCAAGUUGCUUUCCGCAACAGUGAGCUCCAGCGUGGACACAUGAGGAGCGAUUGGCAUCGCUACAACUUGAAGCGCCGUGUCACCUCUUUGCCACCCAUCUCAUCCGACGUCUUCGCCGAGAAGGUUGUCGCCGCCCAGGCAUCAUCGACCGCCGCUGCCUCGAAGGCCGCAUACGAGAAGACAUGCGCGGCAUGCGAGAAGACAUACUUCAGCGAGAACGCCUUUUACAACCACGUAGGGAGCCAGAAGCACCUUAAGCAGGUGGCUUUGCUCCGGAAGUCCAAGAACGGCGCCACUGCCGAUGACGCGAGCUCCGUUGUCAGCUCGCAGGUUACCGCCACUGCGGAAACCGAAACCUCGUCUGAAGAAGAGUCGGAGGAGGAUGAAGAUGAGGAAGAAGUUGCCGAAGUUACAAAGGACUUGAAGGAGACAUCUUUGAACGGCGAGACCGAGGAGAAGUCGGAGGACGCCGGACCAAAGAAGAUCGAGGUCCCGUUGAUGCGCUGCCUCUUCUGCAACUACGACUCCCCAACCGUUCAGCUGAACGUAAACCACAUGGAGAAAAUCCACAACAUGUUCAUCCCAGAACGCAACUACUUGGUGGAUUUGGAUGGAUUGAUUGCCUCUUUGUUCGAGAAGAUCAACAUAUUCCAAGAGUGCCUUACCUGCAGCAAGUACAAGUCGAACGUAUUCGGAUUACAGACACACAUGCGGGAUAAGGGCCACUGCACAAUUCCCUUUGGCACCGAGGAGGAGCAGCUUGAGAUUGGCGAGUUCUAUGAUUUCAGAAGCACAUACUCUGACGAGGAGGAUGAUGAAGAUGAGUCCGCGGACGAGGCUACCGACCGCAAGGCGAGCGGUGGUGUCAAGCUUGGAGGCAGACGCAUAGCUAAGAACGCCGAUGGUGAUGAGGAGAUGGAGGAUCCUGAGGGAUGGGAGACUGAUAGUUCGACGUCUUCUUUGGAUUCCGACGAUCUUACAGCCGUGCCCCUCGCAUCACGCGAGCACCGCUACGAGAAGUUGGAUCGCCACCCACACCACUCUUCGGAAGAUCCUAGACCUCAUAAGAACACUGAUGGCUUCCACUCUCACGCUCACAAGCACAGGCACGCAGCCUACUAUUCCGACUACGAACUCCACCUUCCGUCUGGACGCGCUGUUGGACACAGAUCCCUCGCUAGGUAUUACAAACAGAACCUUCACAACCACCCAUCUCCUGCCGAGCGUCAAGAGCAGUACAUGAUCGAGGCCGCGAGGGGCUCGGAUGACGAAGAGGAGGUCGAUGAGAGAGUGGCGCGCCGCAACGACAGAGAGCGUGGCAGAGCACUCAACACACGUGCCAACGGCGGUAGAGGCAUGAUGGGUGUUUCCGAGACGAAGAAGAAGGAGGUUGCUGUCCUUGAAAAGCGUGCUAGAAAGCAAGAGUUCUACGACCGCCAAAAGUUCAACUGGGGCAACAACAAGCAGAGCAACUCCCAAAAGCAUUUCAGAGAUCCUCUCUUGCAAUGAUUUGCCGUUUUCUUUCAGCUAUGGCAAGGAGAGCAUGCCAAGGUGGGGGUGGGGAUGGGUUUGGCAUAUCUGCCAACUCUCGUGAGUUUCUAAAUGGGUUCAUUCGACCGUCUUUACUACGAGUAGACUAGACAGCAUAACUAGAAUUUAUAUCCUUGCUCAAGCCUCCAGCUAUUUGUCUUGUCUCGGGUGGUGAUUACUGUGCCUGGCCUGUGUGAUGAC